AUGUCUUCGCAAGCUGCAUUAAUAGACGAGACCAUCGUCGGGUUGAAAAGGGCCCUGCUGCGGCAUGCCGCUUAUGACGAUGCAAUCAACCAACCCUCCAAUCGUGGGAAUAAGACCAAGCUGAAUGCCGAAUUCGUUCGAGAGGGUGCUCUAGGGUACAUGAACCACGAGCAAUUUUAUAGGAAGCAAGCUGAACAUUCGGGGUACAAACGUGAUAUCUUAGAGACCAACCCACCACGUUACGAUGCCGAAGGAGAUGAAUUAGAUUUUGAUGACUCUGAUGCGAUCGCCGAUGCUGACGCGGCAGAGGAUAACCCAUUUGCAGCAACUCACCUAGACGAUCUACUAUCUCCAUUAACACACCCGUCUGAGCUUGCCAAUCACUCGAUGGCCAAUGCCUACACUAAUAAAGCGAUUACGAUAAUGAUCGAACGGAUCAAUCGCCGCCUCCGUUUGGAACGACAUGCACUCUGGCAGGCAAAAAACGUUUACAGACAACUUGUGACAGACUCCAUAUGGAUGCCAUGUGGUGCAGUAGAACUAGAAGAAGACCGAGACAUUUUUGGGCCGCCACCCAGUGCGAUUGGCCUUGCCUCAACUUCUCCAGCGAAUGGAGCCUCGACUUCACGGCCUGUAAUAGGUCAUCAGGAAGGCACACUAUCUGUCCCCAAACCAAUGGGCGAAGGCGUAGCUUCACCUACCCAAAACGUUACCUGUACAAAAACUGAACAGCAAGGAGUGAAGAACGGGAACGCUAUCGCGAAGGAAAACAAUAAAACAAGGGUGAAUGGUAGUUUAUCUCAGGCCUCACAUGGGCCCUUAAGUCCACCGCAGGGCCCUCACGAAGGCACUCCGAUGGACUUGACAGAUAGACAUGAGCAAGGUAUCGCCGAUCAAGAAGGAUUCAAAGCUGGUCAUAAAGAUGGAUCAGCUAGCGGUCAGUGGGACGAUGGCCAAUCUACAACAACUUUGCAGCGAGAAUCAUCGCCAGGGGAGGGAGAAGCUGCAGACGAUGGAUCCCCUCAUCCACCUCGCCGAAUGACGACGAGGGCACAGGCGAGUCAGGCUAUGAGCGCACAAGAGCAGAAAGAUGACGGGCAAUUACCACUAAAUCAAUCCACAAACAAUGGAGAUGGACAUCAUAUUCCCUUGGAGGUUGAUCCUGUAUUCAGGUUGCCACGAAUAGCACGAGAUGAUAGGAACUGUGGUUUAUCUCAGAACGAAGCUGAUGAAACACGCCGUAUGCUAUGGGCAUACAUCCAAAAACAAGGAGAAAGUGUACGACUAUUUACCGAAAUGCUUGAAAUGCUUCGGAAGUCUCGGCGGAUGAAAGAAGAGGUGUGGGAAUGGUGUAAAGCGGAGGCACAUAUAGGGGAGAUGAGUGAUGGAGAAGAUUGGUAUGACAAAGACCGAUGGGGGCUAGCGGAGGGCGAGGACCUGAGAAAAGGCGCUGAUGAGGAGGAGACAGAAGGAGUAGAGGAGGGAAGGCCAGCAGGCAAACGAGGCAGAGGCCGUAGAGCCUGA